AGGUGGAGCCUGAACUCUUGCAUCAGAUAAGUUCUUCAGUUCAUAUCAGGUUUCAGUUUCCUCUAACAACACAGUUUAACUCUGUAUCACCUCUGAUCCCUCAGAAGCGGUUCUUCCUCAUCUGUCGGCUGCUUUUGGUCCGCACUCCUGCUGAAGCUCACUUUGAGAUUCCUGAAAUGCACCAAAGAAGUUGGACAGCAGGACACCUGAGCUCUCACCUGCCCGUCCUCAGCCAUUCACAUUCACAUUCACACGAGGAGUCUAUGGUUACUGGGAGGACCUGACCGACACACCAUCAGGGACAGGAUGGUCUGGGUUCUGCUGGUCGUCCUCACAGCCUCAGUCUGUGGGAUGUUUGCUGAGAAAAUGUUUCCUACUGUCUAUCGGCUGGAGGACGACAACAUCACCGUCACAUUGGACAGUCAUGACCAAACCGACUUGUCUCUCGCCAACAUCAUUUGUAUCCUGCAAUCGAAGCCUCUGAAGGUUUUGUAUCGAAUGAUUGGUGGUGCUGAGGUCCCAGAGUCUCAGCAUCAGCAGUUUGCAGGACGGGUGCUCUGUGACGGAGACGCCCUGAGACGAGGACGAGUCCAACUUCACGUGUCCAGAGUCACAGCUGAAGACUCAGGUGAUUACAGGUGUGAUCUGGCUGCUGAUUACGACAGGAAGGAGAGGAGAUGGAGGCUGAAGACCACCGAGAUGUUUGCCUUGAACGUGUCCCAUCGUGGAGCCAACAGCAACGUGUCCCUCAGCACGCCAAAGUUACCUGAAGGUGAACCAGGAUGGUCAAAGACGGAGCUCAUAGUGUACCUGAUGUUGGCUGUUGGUGUUGUGGUUUUGGUUUCUGCCCUUGUUGGUCAUAAAGUUUAUCUGAGAAGGCGCUCAGCUCAAGCUUCUCGAGCUCAAGACCAGGUUGUGCAGUCCCUCAGUGAGCCCCUGAAACAGAUCAACAACAAGUCAGGCACACAUCCACAUGUGAUCCAGGUUCCAAACGGCUCAGGACUUCAGAACCUGACCCUCGAGCCCCCAUGAAACGAGAAGACGAACACAUUCAGCAUUUGUAAAUGAUGUCCACAGUUCUUGCCUGCAGUCGACUGCAUUUAAAGCACAUAUCCAUCUGUAUAAUAUGUUCUGUCAGUCAGGUGUCAUCGUACACCAUGUACAUACUGUAAAGUUAUUUAUUGUAUCUGCACUUGCUGCUUUUUGCACUUCUGGUUAGAUGCUAAACUUCAUUUCGUUGCCUUGUACCUGUACAUGUUUAAUGACAAUAAAGUUGAAUCUGAUCUAA